AUGGCAAUCUCUCUGGAUACUCCUUCUAAGUCCCGACAAGCCCAAAGUCCUUACCAGACACCCCUAAGCCUCAAGUUCCAUGCCCCUCCUAUCGUGGAGCAGGCAAAUUCUCCGGGUACCACAGAAAGAGGCUCAGUCAAACGCAAGGCUACGAGCACCCUGAUUACGGAUUCAUCCAGCAGUACACCUCUUGUCGACCACGAAAGAGCUGUGCGUAGAAGCAAGUAUUCAAUGGGGCCCAAGAGGAAAACUUUCGAAGACUCAGACGACGACUUUGACGAUGAUGAUCGAGAUGCUCAAGUUGCUCGCUGUCUGCAGAAUGAAGAAUUCAAACAAUCGUCAAUUGUUCCCCCAUCGUUGUCACUACGCCGAAGCAGCCGCCUGGCCACUAAUAUUCCCACCCAAGCAGCUACUGCAAACACUCUGCCAUCAGAUUCUCUCACCGCCGCCAAGAAGCCACGUCUUGGUGCAGCAGAAUCCGAUGUUGAAUCUCUUUAUACUGACAGUGAUCCUGGGGAGCAAUUGGACCUUACCGACGAUGAUGAUGCCAUGGAGAUCUUCCCGCAAGUAUAUGUCGAUGAUCAAGGCCUUAUUCGUGUUGGACCACAACCAAAGGAGGCCCAGGCAGAUAUCCAAUCGGCUCCACGGGAAUACGCAGUAAACCUUCUCGAACGAAGAAUAAAGGAGGUACAUCAAGCUACCGAUACACAUCUUCCUGGUAGUGAUCCCAGCAAACUACAACAGACAGCCUCCCAACUGCGCAACGAAUUACUCUCAUCACUUAUAGAGUUCGACAAGGGGUGGGUUAAGUAUCUUUGCGACUACACUGGUGUCCUACUUCUAUGGACCUCUGGACCUCUAUCCCUGUCCGUAGAGUCUAUAUACCCAGUGGUAAUAUUCGAGAGAAGUCCUGUAUACUAUGUGUCCCUGGAUGUAUGUCUCACUAUGUCUUAUGUGCGUGUCGUUGUGUGA